AUGAAAGACCAAAAUCAGUUGGAGACUGCUGCCAUGUGUAAUAUAGAGUUGUCUUUGAUAUACAAAGACUUGGAAGAUACUUUAUCAGAAAGAGAAUGUAUGUUAGAAGCUGCCAAGUGCUUUGAGGGUGGUCACAGAGAGAAUAACGGAAGUUACAUUCCUACAGAGAAUGGGUUGUUGCCUCAAUUGGAGCAAUCGUAUGUUAAGAUAGCCGAAAUGACAUUGAGGGACAAGUGUUUGAAGAACAUUGGAGUGGUGCUGGUUCAGUUGGCGACUACAUUGAUGGAGUUUCAGCAAUAUUUGGUUGCUUAUGAGUAUUUGUUUAAGGGUAGGCUUUGUUUUUGUUUUAUAUGACUAGCUAAAAUUUAAUAACCUAUCUUAAUAUCCAUUCUUACAAUAAUGUUAAUUGUAACAUGUUUGAUGGUAAAUUGUUAUUUUUAGCCACUAAAUAUUUAACAGCAGAGUUUUAUUUUCGGUUGAUGAUAUUCGAGAAGUGUAUUGUGUGUUUGGAGCAUUCGGAAGAUUUAGCUUCUGACUUGAUGGAUCUAACGUCAAUGUACUCAAAGUAUAUUAGAAACGAGAGAUUGUGAGUUUUAGGUUCAUUUAAUUACCUUCAAGCUUAAAUUUAUGUAAAAUUAAGUUAUGUAACGUUAUUAACUUAUAUAAGUUUAGAAAUGGUGUGGUAAAAGACCGUAUGGUGACAGUGGAGCUGAAGCUAGUGUUACUUCACUUAAAACAAUAUUCAGAAGACUGGGAAAUGAGGCCAAGGUCUUUUCUAGCCAAUUACAGUACUUACAUUGAACAUACGACAGUCAUGACUAAAGCUGAGCAUGGUGUGGUGUCAGAGUUUAUAGAAGCCUUUGUCAGGAGAGAUUACUUGAAGCUAUGUUAUAUGAUGCAUUCUGAGUUGUGGGAUAAGCUGGACGAUCAUGGAAGGAAGCUUAUGAACACGACGAUACAGAAGACAGCACCGUCUACUGGGAUAUUAAAGUAAGGGUUAUGUUGCGUGUUGGUUAGGUUUUUAAAUUUUACUGCUUUUUAGAAAGUAUUUAACUGUUACAACAUUUUGACAACAGUUAAUCUAAUUGACCGCUAUUUACAUUAUUAUUUUUAGUGAGGAACUGGUGAUAACAGAGGUUGACGAACUUGAUCGAAGGAAAAAGAUGAUUGAAUGGCACAAGUCAGUUAAGAGAAGCCAUGUAGCCUCUUAUCAACAUAUAUGA